CUUAUAAGUUCAGAUAGACAAAAUAAUGAAAUACGUUCUUAUGUGUUACAAUAUGAUCAGUUUUCUAGUAUAUCGUCUUUCAUAAAGUUCUUUACUUAAAUAGUUACUUAUUUUUAUAGCUUAAGUAAUAAUAUAAAAUGGAUGUGAAAGAGCUCCGUUUCUAUGAUGAUCAUCAGAACGAUGGAAAUGGGCUAUCGGAUCAAGGCACUUCAACAGCUUAUGUUAUGGGAAAAGCCACAAUGAAUGACGAGUGUUACGUGAACAAAGGAUUUAAUGAUUCAAAUAGCUUAAAAGAAGAAUCAUGCGAUAAGAUUGAGGUAGAUCCAAAUCAACUCUCUAAAAGUGUGAUUAUAAUUUCUGAUGGAGCUCCACUGACGACGCAAGACGGGUACAUUAAUAAUGCAUUUGAAGAUGGCCCUCAGAAAUCAGAUAAGGUGAAUGAUAAAGAUAACGGGACGGUGCCACGGGCACAUGACGUCGCUGCCAUUACUUCCUCUAUAAUAGAGAACCAAAUUACAAAACUGGAUGAAGACAAUAAUGGACUGGUGGCCGUUAAUUUGGAAACGAAAGAAAAGAAGUGGAAAGUACAAUCUGUCGGAUGGGAUUCAAAUAAGAGUAUAAUUUUGUUGGGUUUGGUAUUGGCUUUUGAUGUAUGGGCAGCAAUAUUUAUUUGUUUUAAAACAAACCUAUUCCCAAAUAUUUUGAAUUAAAUUAUUACCGUUAUCUAAUGUAUUAAAUAAUUAUCAUCACGUUAAAUUAAUACAAUUUUAAUAUGUACCUAUAUGACAUAAUAUGCUAAUUGCAUACUUCAAAUAAAUGAAAUGUAUUUUUA